UAUUAUUUUCCCCUUGUAAUAAAAUCACAACUUCCCCAGAUUUUUCUAGUGGUCAUACAAGGGGUGUAAAAACUUCUUAACGUCAUCAUUGGCAACACUGACCCCAGCCUUGUAAUAUGGCCGCUACAGGCAAGAAAUCAAAGAAGGCAAAAUGGAUUCCAGCCAGCAUCACAGACAUUAUUGCAGAACCAACGACGAUUCCAGCAACAAACUGGGCGGACUCUGUAGAUGAGGAACCUGAAAAUUCGUAUGGCGGGGGCGGAUACUCAUCGCGCCAACGUGCGCCGGUGGUGUUGCCGUCAGCGUCGCGGGCGGCGCGCGGCGGCCUGGCAGUGGACGACGAAUCUAUACCUCGUCGCCCGCCCUUCACUGCCCACAUCUCCAACCUGCCUUACGAUGUCGACGAAAGCGCUAUCACUGAACUCUUCACUGGACUUAAGAUUACCAACCUGAGACUCCCGCGCGAAGGCGACCGUCUCAAAGGCUAUGGCUGUGUGGACUUUGAAGACAGGGAGGGUCUCAUCAAUGCUAUGAACAUUCCUGACCUGACAAUAGGCGGGAGGCGAAUAAGGAUAGAAGUGUCUACCCAGGACAACGACCGUCGGAUGGGAAGGGGAGGCAGGUCCGACCGGGACAGGGAAUAUGACCCGGAGCGCACGAUGGGCGACUGGCGGUCGGGCCCGCGCGCGAUGCCGGAGCCGUCGGGCCGCCCGCGACCCAUGGAGCGAGGACCCAUGGACCGCAGCAACAUGGACCGCGGGAACAUGGACAGAGACCGCGACAGGGACCGGGAGAGGGACUCGAGUGCUGACAAUCGCCCAGGCGGUUGGCGCGACGGCGACCGGCCGGCGCCGCCCGAGCCCGCGAGAACGCCGUACGGUGGACGCGACUCUUUCGGUCGUGAUCGCUAUGGAGAAGGUAGAGAACGCGGUGGUGGUUUCGGAGCUCGUGAAGAGCGUCCGGAACGCAGCGGCUAUGGAGGCCGCGACGGAUUCAGAACUGCAGAACGUGAUGGUGGUGGAUUUGGAAAUCGGGAAGGCAGAGGAUUCGGUGGCAGGAACUUUGGUGACCGCGACCGUGAACGUGACCCACCUCCACGAGAAGACAACAAACCCCGCGAGCGUCCGAAGCUGAACCUGCUCCCGCGCACGGUGCCGCGCGAGGCGGAGGUGCCCACCAAGCCCGCCGACGGCGCCGCGCAAGACGACAAGCUGCCCGAGAAGGCGGCACCCAAGCCUGUUUCCGCUGAGAAGGUCUUCGGAGCUGCUAAACCCGUGGACACGGCUGCUAAGGAACGUGAAAUAGAAGAACGUCUUCGCAAACAAGAGGAAGAAGCCAGACGCGGUGGUGAAGAGAAGGAACGUUGGGGAAGAAGGAACGAUCAUUCCGGCGACAGACGUGGUGCUCCUAAACGUGAUGACCGCCCAAGAGAUUCCCGCAGCUACAACAGAGACCGACGCGACUAUUCCAAGGACGACAAAGACAGACGCGACUACAAAGACGACCGGGACAGGCGCGACUACAGAGACGACCGGGACCGUCGCGACGACCGCGACAAGCGCGAGCCCGAGAGAGACCGCCGCGACUACAAGGACGACCGCGACCGCCGCGACUACAAGGACGACCGCGACCGCCGCGACUAUAAAGACGAUCGCGUCGAGAGACGAGACUCCUCCGGCGACAGGCGACGAGAAUACUCCGGCGACAGACGUCCGCGCCGCGACUACUCCGGUGACAGGAGACGCGACUACUCCGGCGACCGGCGGCGCGACUACUCCGGCGAGCGACGCGACUCGCGCGACUACCGCGACGCCUCGCGCGAGCGCCGCCCCGACGCCGAGCGCCGCCCCGACGCCGAGCCCCAAGACACGCCGCGCGACGAGCGCAACGGCCGCCCGCGCCCCAGCCGCUCGCGGGACCGACACGACGACAUCGAUGACAAAACCCUGCCCAAAAUGAAAGAACAGGAAAAACCGAAUUUUGUUGCAUCAAAUAAAUUCAGCUUCUUAGAGGACGCCGACGACGGCGCAUCCGAUUAGCACGAACCUAAAGUUUGUGUGCGCGCUACAUAUUAGUGUCCAUUUUACAGUUGACUCGAGUGUAAAGUGUAAAUUUACGAGUAUCAAAGUGUCUAACGUGUAGAACGGACUCGAUAAAGCACUAAGACAAUCUAAAAUUGUGCUAUGUAAUAGAACUUGAUUGAUAGUCACUAGUGCGGUGUGGAUAUACGUGUAUAUUAAUAGGGUUGCUAUAUGCUCACACUGCUUCGAUGCCGGCCCCAGUCUUUGUUGUCGCUUCUUUUAUAGCGCACUCAUUUACUUGAACUCUCGGGCAGGAUGUACCCCGUAUGCUUAUGACAAGUGAGACGCCGCAGUAAAGACUGGGGCGUGUAUUUGUGACCAUGUUGUACUGAUUUGUGUAAAUUUUUCUAUGGGUUUGUUACAAUUAUAAUGUUAUUGUGAAUGGUUGGUAAUACAGCCAAGUUUUGAGAACUGCAAAUAUUCCAUUAAAUUCUGAGAUGAACAGGUUUAGAUCCAGGUGCUGCACUUUCAUGUCUUUUUUUGUGAAUAAUGAAUAUUUCAUAAUUUUAUAUUAUUGCAAUGUCACCAUAGGGAAUCUAAUUUCUAUUUUUUAGAAUAUGUCUUUAUGUUAAAUAUUUAGUCGAUUUAGGUUAUUAGAACGUUAAUUGUAUUAUUUAUCUUUACACUCAAAAUUUGUUAAAAUAAUCAAGUGGUAAGAUUUAAGCUGCAAUAUUCCUAUUUUGCAAGUAUGCAUACAGAUGUGCCUGCCUUGAUCGUGAUGAAAUAUAGAUGUUAACUAAAGGUACCUAAUUAAUCUGAUUAGGGCUUGGUCACAAUAUAAUUAAUGUCAAAACGUUACAGACGUUUCAUUUGUAAUAUGGAAGAAUUUUUGUUUGGUACACUAUGUAAUUGUGAAUUAUAAAUAAAUAAUUACCCUUUUUACAGUA